CAUCAGCCAAUGAACCUCAAGAUGGGCGUUAAAAGAGCGAUGCUGAUUAGCCAAUCAUGAAUCUCCUAGAUGAAAUGACACUUGUGAUUGGUGCUCAGAAAACCACCGGCCCAGUGAGCUGAACAAAGCCCGAAACUGAAGUGUGAGUCGGGGAGCCGGCUGAGGGGGCGCCAGACUUGUGAGCACGAAGGUCCCUUCCCCACUGCCAGCACAGAUGGGGGGCACAGUGCUGGGCGUGGGUGCCGGCGUGUUCAUCCUGGCACUGCUCUGGGUGUCAGUGGUGCUGCUGUGUGCGCUGCUCUCCAGGGCCUCUGGGACAGUCAGAUUCUCGGUGCUUUUUGUGGUCCUUGGAGCUCUGAUCAUCACUGUCGUUCUGCUGCUCUUUCCUCGAGCCAGUGACUCCCCAGCCCCAGAGGUGGAAACAAAGACUGUGGAUACAUUUUUCAUUGGCCGCUAUGUCUUGUUGGCUCUCCUCACUGCUGUCUUCCUUGGAGGUCUCUUUUUGGUUCUAAUUCACCACAUCCUGGAGCCCAUCUAUGCCAAACCACUGCGGUCCUGAGUACUACUAGAGAAAACCAAGCCCUAUCUUCUCUUUGGACAUCACUUUGAUGUCCUUGAUGGGCAGACAGACUCUGUGUCCAGUCUUCUUUUCACAGCCCUCAUGCCUUGAGAGCAAGUCUGAUCUGAACAUUGCUAAGAAAAUCCCAGAGGCCUGGCUUCCAGACACAAGCUUCCAAAGUCCACUUCACCUGUUCUGACAGGGAAUAGUAACCAUGAUCUGCUCAGAGUAGGCUUUCCAUCAAGAUGCUGGAAGUGGGUCUGGGGAUAAGGAGCACACGGACUCUGCUGUCAGAAAAAUGGAAGAAUGUGGUCCUUUUUGAUAAGACGCAGACUUCUUAAGUACAAAGUCAGGAUCAAAUUUCAAAUGUUAUUAUGAUGAGAUGAGUUGGAAGAUUUGUCCAGAUAUUGGUACUGAUGACUCUGUGCAUAUCUAUCUACAAAACUCAAUGAAGGGGGGGUUUUCUUCCCUCUGCUCUAGCAGAGCGACAUAAAACAGUCAAAGACCCGCUUUCACAUUGGACUCUCAGCCACAGCAUUCUGAAUCUAGUAUUUCUGUAUUUCAGGUUUACUUGAGGAUUGGAGGAAGGACAUGGUAAUGCUGAUUAUUUAUCUUGCUUCUAUGUAACUAUGGAUUCUUUUUACAGGAUUUAGUGACCUUUGUGUGCUUUAUUUAACACAUAAAACUCUUUUUGGGGUGUUUUUUGUCUUUGUAGCCCUUCCUCCUAAGCUUGUACAGCUGUGUACAUCCCCAGGAUCAGACAGAAUCCAUACUCUCUGAGAGUCCAGUUCCAGUAAAGUCUGGAGGAGCUCUGGGCUGGUUCCACUUUGGAAAUUUCAGCCUGCCUCCCUAGAGCUAUUUUAAGAAGUAUCUUCAGGCUUAAAACCAAGAACCUGAAAACAAAUGUGGAAAGCACAGAGUAUCUGCUCUCUCCCAGUAGCACAUCAGUUCCUCCCAUACAUUUUCAGUUCAUUCUGAAAUUUAAUUUUUACAAUCUAUUAUCACCUCUGUUUCAAAGUAGGGGGGGGAAGACUGAAAGAGAUUAAUUAACUUGCUCAAAAUUCACAGCAUAGACAUACUCCCAGAUGUGGCCAACUCCAGGAUCUGCCUAGAAAUAAAAACACAGUUUUGUGAAGCUGUGAGAGCUUGAGAAAAUGAGGGCCAUGUUUCCUUGGUCCUAUUAGUGUGGAAAAGGUCUGAGUUCUGUCACUCCACAGUGGGAGUGGGGCACUUGCAAGGAAAAGAAGAGAGAAACGAUGACUUCUGAGAGUCAGGCUGCUGCACACCAGCUUAGCUAUCCUACUCUGGACCUGGCUCCGUCUCAUUCAGUCCGGGAGAAAGUCCAGAUAAAGCUUUGGGGAAAAAGAAAAAAAAAGUGUUUCAAAGGAUAUAGUUGUGUAUUUUUUUUUUUUAAGAUUUUAUUUAUUUAGAAAAAGAUAGGAAGAGAGAGAAAGAACCAGACAUGUGCUGCUGGAGAUUGAACUCAGGAACUCGUGGACCUCCCGGACCACAGGAUAUAGUUUCUUAACCUGGCCUGGGACCCACAAGUAUGAAGAAACACCCUUCCCAGCAGAUUGGAGGAAGGAAAACAGAACGUUUUUAUGCUGCAGGAAGUGAGAUGAGCUGGGAGUCAGCAGUGAGCCCAAGUAGAAUGCAACUCCUCACAAAUAUAGCUGCCAUUUGUCACCUUCUCCUGAGAGACUUGCUGAAAAAGCACAUCUGGGAAAGCUCCAGGAAGUUCCUUUCUUUCUUAAGUCCAUCUUUAAGUCCAUCUUUCUUAUUUCCCAACAAAAAUGGAUAAUAGCUCUGCAACUCCAGGUGAGUGUCUACUGGGAGAAAAAUGUGUGAAGAUGGAAAUCCAAAUCCCCACCCAGGUACCAGCACUACCUAAAUUUAUUUCUCUCUCCUUAUUAGAGUUUUGCCACUCUGGGCAGACUUUCACAUAGUGAGAGAGCCACAGAGAAAGAGGGAGACACCACAGAACCAAAGCUACCGCCAGUGUGGUGGGGGCCAUACACAUGGCAAAGCAGGUUCCCCCUUAGGUGAACCAUCUAUCCCCCCUUUUCUUUUAUUCUCUUUUCUUCUUCUUUUUACUUUCUUUUUUUUUCUUUUUCUUUUGCCUUCAGGGUUAUUGCUGGGGCUCAGUGCCUGCACCAUGAAUCCACUGCUCCUGGAGGCCAUUUUCCCCCUUUUGUUGCCCUUGUUGUUCUUCUUAUUGUUGUUGUAUUGCUGUCAUUGUUGUUGGAUAGGGCAGAGAGAAAUCAAGAGAGGAGGGGAAGACAGAGAGGGGGAGAGUAAAAGAUAGACACCUGCAGACCUGCUUCACUGCUUCUGAAGCCACCCCCCUGCAGGUGGGGAGCCAGGAUCCUUGUGCUGGUCCUUGAGCUUUGCACCAUGUGCGCUUAACCCACUGCACCACUGCCCGGGCCCUCACUCCCCCCCUAUUCUACACAGAUGUAAAUGAUAGGUUUGUGUGUUAAGGGCUGAUCACUGUGCAAAAUGCAUUUCAGUUCUAUCUUUAUAGACCCCAAGCCAGUCAUUUUCAGCUAUGGUGAAGAGACUGUUGAUCAUUUCUGUCUGCAUAUUCAAAACAAUUAUGUCAAAACUAAAAUGUCAUAGAAUACAGGUUAGAGGUCAAAGGCAAAAAGGACACAGAAUGAGUCUCACUGAGUUUUCUCCUUGGGGUGCCCCUAUUAUCAAAGACAUAGUACCCCACAUAUUCAUGGCCUUCUUUUUAAAAUUUUUUUUCUUUUUUCUUUAUUUACUUUCCCUUUUGUUGCCCUUGUUUUUUUUUAUUGUUGUUGUAGUUAUUAUUGUUAUAGUUAUUGAUGUUGUUGUUGUUGGGUAGGACAGAGAGAAAUGGAGAGAGGAGGGGAAGACAGAGAGGGGGAAAGAAAGACAGACACCUUCAGACCUGCUUCACCACCUGUGAAGCAACUCCCCUGCAAGUGGGGAACCGGGGGCUCGAACCAGGAUCCUUAAGCCGGUCCUUGUGCUUUAUGUAACAUGCGCCUAACCCACUGCACCACCACCCAACUACCUACUCAUGGCCUUCUAAGAGGAAAACCUCUAGUCUGUACACACAACUCCACCCUUCAACAAACUAAAUUAGCAGGACACAACCCAGCUCCCAGAUGGAGAUAUCCAUUUGAUCCACCAGGUGGUGCUGCAUUAGCGUUUCAGAAGUCAAGCUGACAAACCAUCAGGUAUUGUUUUUUGACAAGAUCCUUUAAUGUCUUAUUUGUAAAAAUGGAAGUAAACUGAUAUUCUUUACCAA